CUCACGUACUUUCCUUCCCGCAGGCUAGCUUUGAACCCAUCCUCCCAUCCAGCUGGAGGAGUAGCUGGGAUUACAGGCGUGAGCUGCCAGUGCCCAGCUGAGCAGUCCUUGCAGUCAGAAAAGAACUGGACCCAGAGCCAGGGGACAAGAGUGGGGGGGUAUAGGACACCCCCCAAAAAUGGAACCCAAUGGGACAGCCUCCUCCUUUUGUCUAGAGUCCACCCCUUUCAAGGUCGCACUUAGCGUGGUCCUCACCGUCCUCAUUCUGAUCACUGUGGCCGGCAAUGUGGUGGUUUGUCUGGCAGUGAGCUUGAACCGCCGACUCCAGAAUCUAACCAACUGCUUUAUCGUGUCGCUGGCCAUCACUGAUCUACUUUUGGGGCUCCUGGUGCUCCCCUUCUCAGCCGUCUACCAGCUGUCCUGCAGGUGGAGCUUCGGGAGAGUUCUAUGCAAUAUCUACACCAGCCUGGACGUGAUGCUAUGUACUGCUUCCAUCCUCAACCUCUUCAUGAUCAGCUUGGACCGCUAUUGUGCCGUCACCGACCCUCUGAGGUACUCCGUGCUGGUCACCCCGGUCCGUGUGGCCGUCUCCCUGGUGUUCAUCUGGGUCAUCUCAAUCACCUUGUCGUUCCUGUCCAUCCACCUGGGCUGGAACAGCAGGCAUGACCAUGGCAGGCAUAACCACACUCCAGCCGAAUGUAAGGUGCAGGUCAACCCAGAGUAUGGGCUGGUAGACAGUCUGGUGACCUUCUACCUGCCCCUGCUGGUUAUGUGCAUCACUUACUACCGCAUCUUCAAGAUAGCCCGGGAUCAGGCCAAAAGGAUCAACCAUCUUAGCACGUGGAAGGUGGCCACGGUGCGGGAACACAAGGCCACAGUGACGUUGGCGGCCGUGUUGGGCGCCUUCAUUGUGUGUUGGUUCCCGUAUUUUACUGUCUUCGUCUACCGCGGCUACAACGGAGACAUCAACCAGGUGAUCGAGGCUAUCGUGCUGUGGCUGGGUUAUGCCAACUCGGCCCUGAACCCCAUCCUCUAUGCAGCCCUGAACAGAGACUUCCGCACUGCGUACCAGCGGUUGUUCCAUUGCAGGCCGGCCAGCCGCUCAGUCCCUGCCACAUCGCUGAGAUCAAAUCAUUCUCUACUGGCUAGGAGCCAGAGGCAAGAGCUCAGGGUUCGUGAAGAGAAAGCCCUGAAACUCCAGGCAUGUGGCAGUGGGAAGGAAAUCCUAGCCCCGCAAGGAGACACAGACAGGAGGCCGGCGCUGUCCUGCUCCGCGUGUUCCAGCAGUCUCCUGAGCUGCUGCAAGAGCCUGUGGGGGGCUUCGGAUCCAGAGACCCCCCAGGGAGCCCCCCGGGGGAGCUAUCCGGGGGAUCCCUGUCUGCGGAGACAGAGGGGAACUCCCCCGAGGAAGCUGUGAGGACACUGCCCUCUGAGACAGUCUAGACUCAACCAGGGCACUGGAGACGCUGCUCCUGGUCCCUGCGAGGUCACCCCUGGAGCCCUCAGGACCAGCAGCCCCCCAGAACCACACGGGAGGAGCCUGCCAGGGGCUGUCAACCUCUACCCC